AGUCUGGACUCUGGAGCCGGCCACCCACGAACCCACUUACCCACAGAUCCAUCCAAUCCACGCCACGCCCUAACCCUACCCUGCCGGACCCCUCUCUCUCUCUCUCUCUCUCUCCGCCGCGCCGCUGUCGCCGACGCUUCCUCCGGCGAGUCGCCGGCCUCGGUCCCCCGCACCCCCCGCAGCUAUGGAACCAGAAGGCAUGGAUGGGCAUGAUAUCGACGGCAUGCCGCUACCACUAGCGGUGGAUUCUGAUGGAGCUGACGCUGCCUCCAAGCUUAGGAGGAAGAGGUCCAAGGUGUGGCAAGAGUACAAACCUAUAUACAUAAACGGAGUGAUCCAGAGCGCCGAGUGCCACUACUGCCACGCUCUCAUGAGCUGCAAAGCUUCUGAUGGACGUUCAAAUGGAACUAGCCAUCUGUGGCGGCACCAUAAAAGUUGUCGAGCAAGAGAUGGGUUUGAUCUGAGCGAGCUACAGGAUACAGACUUUCCUUGUGACAUGGUGAAUGACAUUGAUCCGGUGAACCAGAUGCUUCCAGAGAAUCCAGAGUCACUCGAUGAUAUAAACUUGGUAAAUCAUGGUGAGAACAGCAGAUUUAGAUCAAAGGUGUGGAUGGAUUUUAGGCCUGUCUAUGUUUCCGGGAGAAUUCAGGGUGCAGACUGUCUCCAUUGCCACAAGCGACUUAGUGCAGACAAUGGUAGAAGCCAUUUGAACCGACACACUCAGACUUGCCUAGCACGUGGUGAAACUAGCAUAAAUCGUCAGAAAGGUGGGCUUUCUCCGUCCAGUGUACCAAAUUUGAAAUCUAGGGUGACGGAUGAGCUUUCACCUGCCUUGACAAAUGGUAAGGUUCAGAUUGCGGAAUAUGCUAGCAGACUUCUCAAGGGUAAUAGCUAUGGUGAGGAAAUCCAUCAGAAUCAAAACAUUCUAGCUUUACCAGCAGAAAACAUGAGUCCUGCUGAGAAAAACAACUCAUCUGCUCACACUGCACAUGUAAAAACCAGGAAAUUUGAUCAAGAAGCAUCUUAUCAAGAACUAACUAGGCUGAUAGUAAUGCAUAGCUAUCCUCUGUCAAUUGUGGAGCAUGAAGAAAUGAGAAGAUUUGCCGAGAGCCUCAACCCAGUGUUUAACAUGGCUUCAAGCUUAGAUAUGGAAGAGUAUUCAACUCUUCUGUUUCACAAACAAAAGGCUGACCUUAAGGAGAAAAUUGCACUUUCAUCACAGCGAGUUUCGUUAUCAGCAAGUGUGUGGGCUCCUAAUGCAGCUGUGCCCACAAUAAAGUACCUCUGUUUGACAGCACAUUUUAUUGAUGCUAACUGGAAGCUUCAAAGGAGAAUAAUCAAGUUUGGCGUGUUUUGGUCCUCGCCUUGUGAUUUGGAAAGGAUGAUACAUUAUAAGGAGGCUUGUGUGCUAGAAUCUGAGAGCGGGGCAUAUAAUGUCAUAUGGGAAGCUAUUAGAGAUUGGAAUCUUGACAGGAAGCUUUUUGGCUUGACAGCUGUGAGUGAAAUAAGAAAAGGUGAGAGUAUCUCAAAGCUGAAGGACAUGCUUACACAGAGGAACUGUCUUCCUAUUAGAGGGGAGCUAUACAAUAUUGCUUGUGUGGAUGAUGUGCUUAACAGCAUUGUUGCAAAAGGGCAACCAAUGCUUUACCAUGUUGGUGAUAUGUUAGAGAGAUUUAUUCAUGUGCGUGCAUCUUCAGCACUUACUCGGCAGCAACUUCUUGAAGUUGUUAAUCAUGUUGGUUUGAAGUGCCCCCAUGAAGAUGCAAAGUGGUGGCACAAAAUUUACUUUAGACUCGAGGUAAUUCUGCAUUUCAAGAAGGUAUUCCCCUCUGAAGAAGUGUUAUCUGCGGAAGAAAUGAAAAUUGUUGAGCCUAUCUGCAAGAUUUUGAGGGUUUUAUAUCGAGUCAUUGAAGUAAUUUCGGGUUCUGUUUGCCCGACAGCGAAUAUGUACUUCCAUGAAGUUUGGAAAGUUAGGACGAUUUUGCAAGAAGAAUCAUCUGCUGAACACACUGACGUUGCUAGCAUGGUUGGGGAGAUGAAGGAGGCAUUCAAUGAUUAUUGGCAAAAUUCGUACUUGUGGUUGUCAGUGCCUGUUGUUCUUGAUCCCAGAUUCAAGACUACUUUUAUUGAAUUCCGGCUUAAACGUGCUUUUGGCACUGAUGCACCGAAGUAUGUAAAUUAUGUAGCCGAAAUAACCAGGGAACUGUUCCAUGAAUAUUGUGCCCCUAUGGAUCAGUCGAAUGGUCAGACUUCGAAUUGUCAGGCUGGAGAUGUUGAAAUAGAUGGAUUUGAUAGCGAUUCCUUGGAAGACUGGGAUCAGCAUCUUACCACACAGAUAAGGAAUCAACUAUUAUCAGAGCUUGACAACUACCUUGAAGAUGGCCUUGUUCCACGGAAGGAUGAUUUUGAUAUUCUAAACUGGUGGAUGAGUCAUUCCGCAAAGUAUCCAACCCUCUCAAUUAUGGCGCAGGAUGUCUUGGCUAUGCCGUCAUCUGCUGUUCAUUGCCAGGCGGCGGUCAGCAGCGAGGGCCCGGUAAUUGAUAAGCAAUGGAGCACAUUAAACAUCAAGACAAUUGAGGCGCUUGUCUGUACCCGAGAUUGGAUUAGAUAGUAGGGGUGCGUGUCAUGCAACAGUUGACUACCCGCUGAUAAAGCUUUUUAUCGGAAGAAGACAACACGCAGUACUACAUGGUUCUUCUUAACAUAUUAGGAUGCUAUUGCAAAGACAGACUUACUAAUUGCCCAUUCGGUUAUCCGUACUGGACAUAAUCUCACAGCUUCCGGUGCCUCUGUCUAUUUCUGCUAGUAGUUUUUCUCCAGAAUUGUAUAUCGUUUAGUCACAGAUCUUCAGAUGCUACCAUCCUUUUCGUGUAAGGCUAUGCUUAUGUGUACUUCUAUAUAUUCUGUGGAAGCUAUUCGCUGUUGGAUUUUACUACUA